GGUGAGGCGGGCGCGGUGGCGGCCGAGCUGGAGGCGCGGCGCAGCGGCGAGACGCGGCGGCUGGUGCUGUCACGGCGGCUGUCGGGCCCGCUGCCGCCGGGGCUGGCGCGCUGGUUCCCGGCGCUGGAGGUGCUGGACGUGAGCGGCACCGGGCUGGCGGCGCUGGGGGCCGAGCUGCUGGAGCUGCCGCGGCUCCGCACCCUGCUGGCCAAGAACAACCGGCUGGGCGGGCCCGGCGCGCUGCCCAAGGGGCUGGGGCAGGCCCCGCUCGCCCGCUCCCUGCGCGUCCUCAACCUCAGCGGCAACCGCUUCGCCGAGCUGCCCGCCGCGCUGCUGGGCCUGCGGGGGCUGCAGAGCCUCAGCCUGGGCGGCAACCGGCUACACAGCAUCCCGCCCGAGAUCCAGGCCCUCAACAGUUUAGAGUUUUUGUACCUUGGAGGGAAUUUCAUUACUUCUAUCCCACCUGAGUUAGCAAACCUGCCUUCUCUAAGUUACCUAGUGCUGUCUGACAACAAGAUCCAGAGUAUUCCUCCUCAGCUGGCACAGUUGCAUUCCCUACGUUCCCUUAGCCUUCACAACAACCUACUGACAUACCUCCCCCGGGAGAUCCUCAACCUGGUUCACCUGGAAGAGCUGAGUUUGCGAGGGAACCCACUGGUUGUUCGCUUUGUCCGUGAUCUGACUUACAAUCCCCCAAGUCUCCUGGAACUAGCUGGACGCACCAUGAAAACCCGCAACAUUCCCUAUGCUCCCAGUGAUCUCCCAGGGAAUCUUGUCAGAUAUUUGAGCCUGGCCAGCAACUGCCCCAAUCCUAAGUGUGGAGGUGUCUACUUCGACAGCUGUGUCCGACAAAUCAAGUUUGUUGACUUCUGUGGGAAGUACCGCCUGCCGCUGAUGCACUAUCUGUGCUCCCCAGAAUGCUCCUCCCCCUGCAGCUCCGCCUCUCAGAGCUCCACUUCCCAAAGCGAGUCUGACUCAGAGGAUGAAGCCAUUGUUGCUGCACACAGGAUGCAGAAAGUUCUUCUUGGAUAAAGGGGAGUGGUGGACUAGAAGAAAAACAUGUCACUAAAGCAAUAGUGGAAAUGCAGAGCCGGAGGCUCUUCCCUGAGGGGCUCAUUAGAAACAGUCCUGUAAGCAGCAGCACAUCUGAGCAAAUCUAGAAUUGCUUGGUAUGAUGCUGCUUAGAAGAACUAACUCAAUGCCUUGCCUACAUGGGGAUGUUGUGGGGCUAGAGUUAUCACUAAACUACCAUAAAGAUCUGUGUAAAGGGGAUCGGGGAGAGCAGACCUGCCAUGUCUGGGAAACCUGUCUAAAGGGGUUUUUGAUAGCAUGACACUUCGCUACUGUGAUUGGCUUAGCACCAUAUGAAGCAAAGAAGACUGUUCUUGUUCUGGGAUAUUACACUACGGUAAAUCAGCGAGAAUGUAACUGUGCUAUUCUGGGUAUAUGCUGUAUUUAUCAUGUAUCAUGUUUCAACACUCUGCUCUCUCCCUUGAUUUCCGCUUACAUAUUUACAUACUCCCCCAAAAAAUUAAAUUUCUUUUUGUUGGGGAUGGAUUUUUUGAAGAUCUGAGUACUGUCUUCCUUUGUUCCAGACUUAGGGUCUUCAUCUACUGUAGAUGUUAGUUUAUUACAGCCCUAGAAUUGAGCCGGUUUGAUAUUUAUCUCCCUUUUUAUACUAGGCUGCUGUUAGUGUCUCCUUCUGACUCAUCCUUAUCUCCUCUUUGCAACUGGUGCAUCGGUGUUCUCAUGUUGAUUGAGAAUACAUGCAAAGCAUCUCACUGAGCCUUGCCACCAGUACAGAUAUACAGCCAUAUGCCCCUGUCUAAAGGACGAAGUGCAUUGCCCUCCACUGUACUUUAAACUCAUCUGGCCCCAGUGGAGCAAAUGUGCACCUAAACUUGUGUAAAUUCCAUAGUGCCUCUCACUUGAUCUUUCUGUUGUGUCCUCUUAUUGAGGAUAGCUUCUUUUCACUUUUUACAAUAUAACUUUGCAUAUUGGAGGCCACGCACUAAGGCUGUCAUUGCCUACAUUAGGCGUUAAGCAAAAUCUCUGUGUGAGAAUCUUAUUCCAUGGUUUCAGCAACUUGUGCCUUGAAAAAGCUUACUACUUUCCUUCAGCUGAAAUACAGAGUAAGGAACAUUGCAGAGCACUAUUCUUCCUUACCCCCCAUCCCAGUAUGAAAAGAGAAGCUGGUAGGUGGAAGUGGAAGGCAAGCUACUUUGAGCAUGUUGUGUGGGAGACAAGUUGGUGUUGAAGGCUGUUGUAUAUUUAUUAAUUUUGCAUUCACUCUUGUUCAUGCAAUCCUUUGCAUUGUUCAGAUAAUGUAUUCACGUACCUUAAACUGUAUUUAAAGGAAAACUGCAGUGAUUAGAUAUAAUUCUGUAGCUAAAUAUUUAAUACACAUCUUUUAAAGAGUUAAUGAAAUUGACAGGUACUUCCAUCUCUUUGCCAAGGAGAGCUGAUGGUGAGUUUCUGAGUGCAGGUAGUUAAUGUGAACAGUGGGAUCAUGGUUUUAAA